AAUAAAAACCCUAAAAUAAGGCAGAGGAGAGUGAACAGAAACAGGAGAAGAAGCGACGCAAAGCGAGGAAAAGGACACAAGAGGAAGAGGAAGAAGAGACCAAGAAGAAGAAACUCAGAGGCCAUGGUGGAGGCAGGCGAGGGAGUGACCCACGUGGGAUCCGUCAUGAACCAGCUGGAGGACACCAGCCGGGAGAUCAAGGAAUGUUACGAGAGGCUGGACUACAUUGAGAACAAGCUGCGACGAAGGUACUACCCCACCGACGAGAAGAAGCGGCUGGAGAAGGAGGUGAAGGACAUCAAAUCACACCUGUCCCGGCAUGAGAACAACCUGAGGAGCCUUCGAGGGGAGAACCGCGUGGCCAUGCUGCUGUCGGUGCUGCUGCUGGCGUUGGGGAAUGAAGGAGGACGUUCCACCAACACUGAGGUCCUCUUAGGAAGGAUCUCUCAGACUUCCUUGUGAUGAAAGGAAACUCAAGUAAUGCAUCUUUCCAGUCUCUGUUGUGUUGGGGCAGCUUACUUUCAUUACACACACACACACACACACAUACACACACACACUUCAACAAAUCUUUUUGUCAUUUGCAUAAUUUUUUUGACAUUAUGUAAUUAUUAUCCUUGGAAAUGAUUCAAAACAUACUCUGGUACAUUUUCUAUGCACAAAUUAGAAAAUUGCAGUUUUGACCAAACUUUGAGGCAAAUAUUGUACAUUCCAUGUAUUUUGUAACUUGGGUAGGUAAUUAUUUAUCUGACAAAUUGUAAUUAUUAUUAUUGUGUAUAGUUAGGAUACUUUUACAGACAUUUUGUUAUGUGAUGAAUUAGAAUCAUCAUGAUUUGCUUUUUAUACAAUGUGCUGGAAGUGUGCACAGCUUGAGUGAUCGACUUGCACAGGGCAAGACGUUGAAAGGGGCCAAGAAUAGCAUUAGCUACACUUGUAUAAAAUAACUUAUUGUGUGUAGGUCCCUUAGACUUGAUUGAUGUAACCCCUGCUUGUAAUAGUCAGUGUGUUGCCACAACACUCACACUGUCAUGUGUUCCUUAGAGGUGCCCGCUGCCUGUGGAUGUCCUCAAUGGCACGACUCAUGUUACCGUUUCACUGACGGCUGCACCAGAGUAUUGCAGUACUGCAUUUGAGGGAUGAUUUCAUUGUACUAAAUAAAUAAAGCUCAAAUGGGAGUAAGACUGGCAACUAAGUCUUAUCACACAAGAAAUUUAUAAGUCAAAUAAACUGCCAGUUUCAUUUUAUAUGUUAUAUUUGCUCAAUUAUGUGUAAAGUCAAAGUCUCCAAGUCAAACAAACAUGUCAAGGUGUAUAUAUGUAACUCAUGUGUGCUGUGUUGAAGUAUUUCCACUACUUUUCCUAUUUUUAACAUGUUUUAGAAAAUUCAACCUAAAUUUUCCCCCACACCACUUAGUCCAGAAAGUUGCAUUUCCAUUGUAUUGUUCUUUACUUCAAAACUGAAGUGGAAUCUUGUGAACAUUCCAUUGAGGAAUACAACCGAGUGCCAUAAGCAAAGUGUGGGGUAACAUUACUGAAGGAGCUCAUCCCUCAAUUGCAACAGGUGUCAGUAUGUAGUGAUAUGCCACGAUGCUCAGUGAAAGUGAGGGCUGAUGUGUUGUGUAAUAGGUGAGGUCUCCACACCAGUUUUGUUGCAGAGGGAUUGUCUCCCUUUGAUUGUGUUCCUUGUGCCCAUUGUUGUUCUGUACCGGAGGACCAAAGUGUUGUGGUGCACACGUGUGUCUUAGGCUGUCUGUGUGUACAUAUGUGCUGUAGGGUACCGUGUAUAUUAUAGUGAGUGGUGGUGUACAUACUGUAUCUUGUCCCAAGGGCCAACAAACACUGCAACAGCAAAUACAUAAAAUAUUUUAUUAAAA